AUGUGGUUUUUCAGGAAAAGGGUUCCUAAAAUUCCCAGAGCCCUCAUUUGGCUCAUUGUUUUAACACACUUGUGCAUCUUCAUUGCUAAUUUCAGCUCCUUGUUUGGCUUGUCAAAGACAAGGAUUUUCAGGCAAUUGAGCAUUUUCCAACGUGCCCCAGAUAUGCUACAAGUGGAGACCCAAGAGCAACAGGGUUUAGACUAUUCUGAUAAUGGGAAGUCAAGGAGCUUUUUAAAGGUGAUUUUGGGGAGAGACGUCACAACGCUCAAACAAGAUAUGGUUGAGAAGACACCAAGAUGGGAAGGAAAGGAGGAGCAGGAGAAAAUGAUGAAACCAGUUGCCAGGCUGGAGGAAGCCAAGGAGAACAUGACUGUGAAACCACGCCCCACAUUGGAGGGAGUCAAGAAGACAACAGUGAAAACACCCCUUAGGGUGCAGGGAAACAAGGAGAAAACAACAGUGAGACCAGCCCCAGGGGUGGAAGAAGCAAAGGAAAAGACAAUAGUGAAACCACUUCCCAGAGUGGAGGGAGCCAAGGAGAAGGCAACAGUGAAACCGUCCUUUGGGAUGAAGGGAGCUUGUGAAAACAACAUAUGCAAAGACCAAACAAAGCCAAAAGAGCCUCCUGCAUCAGUGAAAACUGUAAGACCUCUUCCUCAGGCUGCUGCAGUGACAGAAAAGAAGCAGCUGAGGGCUGCUGACUUCAAGUCUGAGCCGCACUGGGAUUUCGAGGACAAGUACCUGCUGGACAACUCAUCUCCACCAUUGACCUGCCCUGAAUCAGUGAAGGCCAAAGCUGCCAAGUCUGACUGGCUGCGAGAUCUUUUCCUGCCCAACAUCAUGCUCUUCACAGACAAGAGAUACUUCAGUGACAGUGAGUGGGACCGCCUUGAGCAUUUUGCACCUCCGUAUGGCUUCAUGGAGCUGAAUUAUUCAUUGGUGGAGGAGGUCAUGUCCCUGCUGCCCCCAAAUUCCCACCAGCAGCUGCUCCUGGCCAACAGCAACAGUAGCAGGCCGACAUGCAUCAGCUGUGCUGUCGUGGGGAAUGGAGGAAUAUUGAAUAACUCUGGGAUGGGCCAGGAGAUUGACUCCCAUGACUACGUCUUCCGGGUGAGUGGGGCUCUAAUCAAAGGUUACGAAAAAGAUGUGGGAACAAAAACCUCCUUUUAUGGAUUCACAGCCUACUCCCUGGUGUCCUCUCUCCAGAUCUUGGGACACAGAGGGUUCAGCAACAUCCCACAGGGAAAACAUGUCAGAUACAUUCACUUCCUGGAGGGAGCUAGAGACUAUGAGUGGCUGAAGGCUCUUCUGUUGAACAAGAACAUCAGAAAAGGAUUCUUGAACCACUACGGGCAGAGGCCCCGGGAGAGAUUCGAUGAAGAUUUCACGAUGGACAAAUACCUGGUGGUUCACCCUGAUUUCCUCAGAUACAUGAAAAACAGGUUUUUAAAAUCUAAAAGUUUGGAAAAGCCUUACUGGCGGCUGUACAGACCCACAACGGGGGCCUUCCUGCUGCUAACUGCCCUCCAUCUCUGUGACUUGGUGAGUGCCUAUGGCUACAUCACGGAGGGUCAUGAGAAGUACUGGGAUCACUACUAUGACAAGAACUGGAACCGUCUGAUUUUCUACACUAACCAUGACUUCAACCUGGAGAAGCAGGUGUGGAAAAAGCUUCACGAUGAGAAUAUCAUUAAGCUUUACCAGAGAUCCUGA